GCUACAGGAAGCGAUAUUUAAAACAAGCUAGUACAGUAGUGUUAUUCCAUGUGAGAGUGCAGGCGGGUGGGCGGUGCGGACUGUGCUGGCUACAGAGCGUGGAUGAUGGCUGGCUGGGCACGUACUGAGCAGGAGAGAGCCGGGUAGGAACCCUGCCACCUCCUUGUAGGGAUAACAAGCUGCCGCACUCCAGGGCUGCCGGGAACCAGCAGCAACUCCUCAGGCAGGCCAAAUUGGAGUCUAUGGUGAGCAUUAUGGAAGAUUCCUUGCAGCUAAUGGAUGCAGAAAUUGAUGAUGACUGUUCAUUAAAGGGUCCAGAGAUGACAAGUAGGUCAUUCUCCAGGCAUUCUGAUAAGAUUCCUCCAGUGAAGCCUUGUUUUAAAAAGAAGCAGACCCAGAAAAUUUUAGACGCUGAAACCCUUCAUGCUCUUAGGCCAAUAUUUACUAGUUUUUUGGGAUCUGGGACUCUGAAUGGAAUAUUUGUGUCAAAUGAUCAAUCUGGGAAUAGUAGUAAUUUAUGUGAACCCCUUGCAAAAAAGACUCUAGGCAUAGACCAACAUUGUCCUUCGAACAGUGUCCUGAUAUCCGGGAAUCCAAGUCUUAGGCCGGUGUCUGAGCACACGGCUGCUGUUCACACAGUACAAGACCUAGAUGAAGACCAGUCAAGUGUAAUAGAGAGCACAGAACCAACCUUUUCAUCAGAAAGCACUAAUGGAGCUCUUCCUAACACUGCCAGUGGCUCGUUCCAGGAUCCUCUUUUACAAACAAACUCUAGUGAUUCUACCAGCCCGAUCUGCUUGGACAAGAUUUUAGAAAGUUACUCAUCUGGGUUAUUCCAGGACACCAGCUGUCUGGACCAAUACAAUGUGAGCCAAAACAAUAAUCCAAAUCCUGGGAUAUUUGAGGACAAAACUGAGGAAGCCUCUCUACUUCUUGUGUUUGAACUUUUGAACCAGCUGCAAUAUCACGUCCACCAGAAGGAUGGGAUUGACAUUUGUGUGGAGUUCUUACAAGGGUUAUGUUUUUAUGGUAAAGAUUGCCAAAAACAUCACACAGUAUUGCCGUAUCACUGGCAGGUUAGGAGGAGCGCUACUGGCCUUUGGCAAAGUGUAAAUGACGAUUCACAGGAGCAUCUAGAAAGACUGUACUGUAGCCCAGAUAGUGAUCGGAUCAAAAUGCGAUAUCAGGGACAUGAUUUUUUAGUAAAUUUGGACUGUAUGGCUAUUUAUGAGACUCACGAAUUUGACCAAAUACGACGGCUUUCUACCCCUUCUACCUCUGGCAUUGCCUCUAAUUACCACACGGUGUGGAAAUACUUCUGCAGAGAUCAUUUUGGAUGGAGAGAGUACUCUGAGCCUGUUGUGAAGCUGAUUGAGGAAGCCAACUGCCGCGGUCUGAAGGAGGUCCGUUUUGUUACAUGGCACAACCAGUAUAUACUGAAUAUCAAAGACGGCUUCCAACAGAAUGCCUGCUUCAGGAAAGAAAUCAAAAGACGACCUCUCUUCCGUUCCUCUGUAAUGUUAUCGCCACAUCUUCAGACACUGAGUGGAGUUCCCCCAGCAGCUCCCACGUUGGCUCCGUCAGCACCUUUGCACAUCUUAUCUCCUGGUGCUAUUACAACCCCAAACUUUUAUCCGGAAACCUGGAUCCCUAUGGACCCAUCUCAGGAGUUUAUCCAAGUGCCUAUGCCAAAGGAAGAUAAAAGUUACAGAACAGUCUAUACACUCUUUCACAAAACUGUGCCCGAGACCAAGUUCCGAAUUUCAAAGAUAAUGCGAGUUCAGAACCUCUUCCUCUGGGAAAAAUACAAACGGAAGAAAGAAUUCAUGACAAGGAAGAUGACUGGACUGGACAGGAUUAUGAAUGAGAGACAUCUGUUUCAUGGGACCUCCCAGGACGUUGUUGAUGGGAUCUGCAAACAUAACUUUGACCCCCGAGUCUGUGGGAAACAUGCUACCAUGUUUGGACAGGGCAGUUACUUUGCCAGGAAGGCAAGUUAUUCCCACAACUUCUCCAAGCGCUCACCAAAGGGAAUUCACUACAUGUUCCUGGCCAAAGUAUUAACAGGAAGAUACGUUGUGGGGAAUCACACCAUGAGGAGACCUCCGCCACUGAACUCGGGGGACUUGACCAGCGACCUCUAUGAUUCCUGUGUAGACAAUUUCUUUGAGCCUCAAAUCUUUGUGAUAUUUAAUGAUGACCAGAGCUAUCCCUAUUUUAUUAUUCAGUAUGAAGAAGUUAGUAACACGGUUGCCAUUUAAACCUAAACAAUCUGCUGAAGUUGUUAUUUAAUUUGGAGUAAAGGACAAAUAGACAAAACCCCCAAAACUUCCAGGCUCUGUGAUAACAACCAAUGGUGCACUUGUUGAUAAUUUAUGUGCAUAUUGUAAAUAUUUUUAAUUGUUAACAGUUUGUGUGCCUUUUUGUUAAUAAUAAAAAUGUUUUAUUUAUGUGAGUAAAUAUUCAUGUGUUGAAAUAUAAA